UAAAAUGUUCGCACUUGUCUAGUGGUGCGAGGUGGUACAAACAGUGCGAUCUUAUUAAGUAGUUGAGAACAACUGCAUAUACCAUUUAAGAUCUUGAAUAAUAGCAAAAGGUCCCUUUGUUUUCUCCUGCUUGCAAGAGAAGGGACCUGCAGUUUAUGCUGCCAUACAGCGUAAUCUUGAUAGGUAUGAAGCUUAAAAGCAAUGUAACGGAAGAAACUAUUUUGGACUUGUUCAAGUUUCCUAAUGUAGACCAAGUAGUGUGGGGACCACACUGAAGAACAAUACUCGAGGUGAGACCUGACCAAAGAGAAGUAAAGAACUCUAAUACUGGAUAUGUUUGUAAAAUCACGAGUUGUUCUUUUUACAAAACUCAGCAUUGUCAUAGAUGUUUGAAUGACAUUGAUGAUGUGAGUAUUGAAACAAAGAGAGUUUUCCAGUGUAAUCCCCAAGUCCUUGAUUUUAUUAACAGUGUUGAGCAAUUGGCCAUCAAUGUAAUAGUUUGAUAAUAUUGGGUGGUGAGUACGGUUACAGUUAAUUACAUGACAUUUGAUUGAAUUAAGGUUCAUACCGUUAAGUGAACACCAUGCAGAGAGGUUAUUCAGUUCUGAUUGCAAUAUGGCAGCAUCAUAAUGAUUUUUUAUAACUUUAAAGCACUUCAAGUCAUCAGCAAAUAGCAAGGCGUUACAAUCGUGAAAACAGUUGGUAAUAUCAUUAAUAAAUAUAUUAAAGAGUAAUGGACCCAAAUGGGACCCCUGUGGUACACCUGACUUAACUGGAAAGGUUUGUGAGUAAAAGUGGUUUACUCGGAACUUGUUGAAAUCUUUCGGUUAAAUAACUCUGUAACCACUGCAACAAAGGUCCACUUAUGCCAUAGGAGCUAAGCUUUUGAAUCAGGAGUUCAUGAUUUACUCUGUCAAAGGCCUUGGAAAAGUCAGUAUAAAUUGAAUCAACUUGAAGUCCCUCCUCCAAGGCUUCAGACAGAAAAUCAACAUAGGUCAACAAACUCAGUUCAGCAGACUUACCUGUAGUAAAACCAAAUUGCUGAGAGUUUAGGAUCCCGGAGCUAUCGAAGGUGAGGAAAUCAGUUAUAAUACUCUCAAAAACCUUUGGUAUAACACUAAGAAUAGAUAUAGGGCAGGAAUUACUAAUAUUAGAUUUAUUACCAGAUUUAUAUAUUGGUGUGACAUAAGAAAGUUUCCAAAAUUCUGGAAACUGACCUACAUCCAAAGAUUUAUUAAAUAUAUGAAACAAAGGUCGCGAUAGUACAAAACUGAAUUCCUUAAGAAAAUUAGGUGGUAUACCAUCAGGACCAGGACCCUUGUUGACACUUAAUGAUGAAAGCUUUUCGUAAAUUUUGGAAAUCUGGAUACCAUAUGAUGAGAUAUUGAGUUGAGACUGAAUAUGGUCAACAUUGCAAUUUAAAGUAAUAUCACUAUAAACUGAUGAAAAGUGAUCUGCGAAUAAGUUAGCAAUAUCAUUGCCACAUGAAGCUACAGAGUCAUUCAGGGUCAUUAAGUCAGGUAUACAAUUGUUUUCACGCUUGCUACCUACAAAUUUCCAAAAAUGCCUCGCCUUAUUUUGUAUAGAAAAUUCGGUGAAACGUAUGUAAUUGUCAUAACAGCAUUUAGAUAGAUUUUUACAAUUUGUUCUCAGAUGACAAAAAUCAGCAUAGCUUUCAGGAGUCUUUAAGGUUUUAUAAAUUUUAUGAGCUUUUAUUUUUUCCUUUAACAAUUGCUUAAGCUCAGAAGAAUACCAACAAGGAAAUUUCUUAGUACUAAAAUAUUUAACUGGAGUGAAAUGUUCAAUGAGAGAGUAAAUAAUGUCAUAAAACAUAGCGAUCAUGUUGGAAAGAUCUCUACCACGAAACAGGUUAUCCCAUUCUAUAUAUUCUAGACAUUGGUGAAUUGCUGGAAAGUUUGCAUUACGGAAAUCAUAAUAAUAUUCGUUGCCAGAAAUUGACCUAUCAAAAACAUUAAGCUGCAAUGAUGUUAACAGAGGAGGAUGAUGAGAGUCAGGUGAAACCAGAGCAUCGUCAGCUUCAGAAAUGACAAGCUCUUCUGGGGCCAGGAUAAGAUCCAGAAUAACACCCCUGCUAUUAAAUAUAAAAUUACAUUGAAAAAGAUUAUGAUAAGCACACAUAUUUGAAACAACCUCAAUGGCAUCAACUACAGCUAGAGGUGAUGAAGUUUGUGAGGUUGCAGAAGAGCAAUAAUCUUCAACUCUCCACCUAGCUGAGGGGAGAUUAUAGUCACCAAAUAAGUGAAAUUUCAGGGAUGAAAACUGUUCACUUAGAAGCAUCAGUUGGUCAGCAUGAAUUUGAUAGGUGUAGGCUGGAGAUUGAGGUGGAAUGUAUAGAGCUCCCAGAAUAAGUUUUCCGUGGAACCGUACAAACAGCUGUUCAAUAGAAGGAUCAGAUUGGAUUCGUAAUGAUGAAUAUUUCUUUAAAAUAGCCAUUAAUACUCCACCCCCUCUAAGAGAUGAACUAGAGGCAGGUGUACGAUCCUGUCUAUAGAUAUUGUAAUUGACAAUAGUGUUAGAACAGGUUUGGGACAGACUGAUAAAUUUCAGGUGAAAGUAGGAUUGCACCAAGGCUCGGUGCUUAGUCCUUAUUUAUUCUCAUUAGUUUUGGACUAGAUAACAGCGAAACUACAGGGUAGUAUUCCAUGGUGCCUAAUGUAUGCUGAUGAUGUAGUGUUAAUAGGAAAUAGUGAAAGAGACUUAGAACAAAAACUGGAACAGUGGAGACAAGCUCUGGAGGAAAAAUGUUUAAAACUUAGUAGGACAAAAACAGAGUAUUUGGAAUGUUCAUUUAAAGAUGGAGCUACUACAAAUAAAAUGGUAUCUUUGGAUGGUGAAAUGAUUGUGAAAAGCAAUAGUUUUAAGUACCUAGGAUCGGUAUUACAAAGUAAUGGAGAAAUAGAUGGAGAUGCAUGUAGUAGAAUUAGGGCUGGAUGGAUGAAGUGGAAAGAAGCGAGUGGUGUGUUGUGUGACAGAAAAAUUCCAAUGAAGCUGAAGGGAAAAUUCUAUAAAACAGCCAUAAGACCGGCUAUGAUGUACGGAACUGAAUGUUGGGCAGUGAAAAAGAAAGAGGAACAACGAAUGCAUGUGGCGGAAAUGAGAAUGCUUAGAUGGAUGAGUGGAGUGACAAAGAAGGAUAAAAUUAGAAAUGAGUAUAUUAGGGAAAGUCUAGGUGUGGCACCAAUUGAUGCCAAAAUGAGAGAGCAUAGGUUAAGAUGGUUUGGUCAUGUUCAACGUCGAGACGUUAAUCGCCCAAUACGAAGAAUAGCUGAAGUGCAGAUUCUUGGAAGGAGUAGUAGAGGAAGACCAAAGAAGACCUGGGGGAGGCGAUAAGGCAGGACAUGUUGGUAAAAGGGAUUAACAUUGAUAUGACCCAAGAUAGAAUUGUGUGGAGAAAUGCAAUUAGGGAAGCCGACCCCGCAUAGGGAUAAGGCAAAGAGAAUGAUGAUGAUGAUGCAGACCCUUACAAAGGGUUAGGGAUACAACGAAACAAAAUUGUUUUGUUUUGUCCACUCUUACCAGCCUGUUUGUAAUUUGUUCUGUAGGCAAUUUUUUUCUUUUAACUAUUUUAACUGUUAUAUUUUAUGUGUUGUAUAUAUGACUUAUAUUUAGUAUCUACUAAAUUGUUCCAAAAUCUGUAAAAAAUUAAUAUCAUAAAUCAGUAUCAAAAAGCUAGUCAAAGCGUUCAGAUCUUAAUUCCUGUUAAUAAAUCUAAAUAUCUUAAGUUAAACAGUGAAACUAUUUUUAAAUUUAGUAUCAAUUUAAAGCUAAUUUUUGAGGUAUCUCAUGCAUUCACAGUGUUUUAAUACAAUUGUGUAAUAGUUGGUUAAUCUGCAACUAACAGAAAAUAAUUCAGUGUUUUUACUCUUUUUUGUGGUAAUUUACAGAUCACAAAAAAACAGAACUUCUCCACUAUCUGUAGGCAAUUGAUAAAGCUCAUUACU